GCUCAGGGUUGGGGGCACUGACAGCUCAGGGCUACCACCCCCAGUGCCCCCCCAAACCAACAGGACAUGAAGGUCUUAGCCCUCCUCUUGCCUCCCAUUACUGUUUGCCCUGAAUGCCCCCUUUGCAACAGUGGUGGCUCCCAAACCCUCCAGGACACAGUGAGAAGAGAUGCAGGCUGUUGGUACCUACCACACAAGCUGAAGGCUGGGGUGUGGGACCUGCCCAAUCUCUGCUCGUCUGUGAACCUUGCAGGAGCCUCAGCACCACUGGAUCCCUCAGAAGACCUUGGACUCUGGCAAAAGCCAUCAGCAGUGAGGAAUCUCAAAAUCCCUUCUGAGGAAGACCCCAAUGGCCACCAGGAAGGGAUCAGCACAAACACGAUUUGGGGAAUCCACUGUGGAGUUCCAGGACAAGCAGCCCCUGCCAGAACUCCCCCCAGGAGAGUGCCUACUUGAGGACUUGGAUCUCGAGGUGGUCCCGGACACACAUACACUAUAUGUGGGCCACCUGAACCCCCAGUUCUCAGUUCCUGUGCUUGCCUGCCUGCUGCGAGACACCUUAGAGCGGCUGGAGCUGCCAGUGUCACGGGAGCACAUCCAGGUGGUAAGGCGUCCGCGGAAUGCCUACGCGCUGGUACGGGUAGCUGCCCACAAGGCCACCCUGGCCUCCCUCCACUGGCGCCUACAGAUGGCCCUGGAAGAGCAGCUGAUCUUCAAAGAGCUGACAGCUCGCGGGAAGGAGCUGGUAUUGAGUGAGGGGUGGGGGCCGGUGAGCCGCAGAGAGGAGAUCCUGGGCCAGGAGCAACUCUUCCAGGGAGCCUUCCUGGGCAGUGAGACAAGGAACUUGGAGUUCAAGCGAGGCAGUGGGGAGUACCUGAACCUGGCCUUCAAGCACCAUGUGCGGCGCUACGUGUGCGCCUUCCUCAACAGUGAGGGGGGCAGCCUGCUCGUAGGUGUCGAGGACAGUGGCCUGGUACAGGGCAUCCGCUGCAGCCACCAUGACGAGGACCGUGCACGUCUACUGGUAGAUUCUCUCCUGCAGGGCUUCAAGCCUCAGGUCUUUCCUGACGCCUACACACUCACCUUCAUUCCUGUCAUUACUACCUCCAGCACCAGCGUGCCCCUCAAGGUCCUCCGCCUGACUGUGCACACCCCUAAGGCCCAGAGUGAGCCACAGCUGUAUGAGACGGACCAGGGAGAGGUGUUCCUGCGACGUGAGGGGAGCAUCCAGGGCCCGCUGUCCGUCAGCGCCAUCCAGGAGUGGUGCAGACAGAAGUGGACAGCAGAGCUGGGCAAGCUGGAGGAGAAAGUGAAGUUGCUGACAGAGGAGAAGGAGCGGCUUCAGCAGCAGCUACAGCAGUACCAGCCUGUGUCCUGCACCUGCUGUGUCCUGUGAGGCCCCACAGGAGGUGGCAGGCAUCAUGGUGCCACUCGGCUGGGCGAGGUGGGGCAUCCCAGUGGACAUCUGAGCAAUAAAGCACACCUGGACCUCACAGAAGUGGGCCAGACCUGCAGCCACCUCUCCUUCACACACAGCUGCAGUAGAUGUGGCUUUUGCUGAGCAGACCCAGUCUGAGGGUUGAGAACUGUGCUCGGCACACCAUCAAUGCACCCCACAUGCAGAAUGCAUUGGCCAGUUACCCUACCACUGAGCUCUAAGGGAUUAUCCUUCCAAAAUGCUCUUUUUGCCCAAGCUGGAGUCUACAAUCCAGUCUGCUA